GUAAAGAAAUAUCGAAAGAAGUACAAUUAGUCGGAAUCGCGAGGAAGAAAGUAAAGGUAGCUUUUUACAACUUCUUUUAGCUGCACCUGUAACGAACAUUCGAACAACACAUUUCGAAGAUUUCUUCUAACUCGUCGAGCAAAAUUCGAAUCGUUCGGUCCACGGUUCGAGACGAGUUAUUUCGUUCCAAAGAACGCACGAAACGAAAGAUGUUUUUACGGCGAGUGUCGGACUAUUUUCGCUCUCGAGCCAUUAAACUUUGACGUCAAAGGUUCCCGCUGAACGAACAGGACCUUCCGGCUGUCAUGGAUAUUGAUUUUCCUUGGGCUUCGAGGUUUCUAGAGCAGCUGUGCGUACCACCCAUCCAGCGCAGACUCCGGCUAUUCUCAAUAUGGCUGUCUAUUGUGCCCAAAUCCACUCGUUUCGCGUUGCAACGCGCUCGCGGCGAUACACCAGGAUGCGAUCAAUGCGCCAGGAACAUCAGCCGAUCGCGAUUUAAACAGCCGAAUUUAUUUUCGAAUCUGACGCGCUGUACGUUAUCAACAUGGCCGAUACAUGUGCCGCUGUCACGUGCUUCCUGAUCGUCGCGUCCAUCUCCAUCGUCGUAAACGUCAAUGGGCAACUGUCGACUACGGAACAUCGAACUCAGGCGGCAUCGGAACGAAUAAACGAUUUAUGGUGUCAUCAGUGUGAUACGAUGGAAGAUGGAGAGAGAUGCGCCAAUCUGACCGGAAACUUCAGCACUUUCGGGCAAAAGUGCACUGGUGACAAAAGGACCUGUAUGGUAAAGCGAUUUUCUUACACUACCAGCACGGAAGAUUCAACGUCUAGUCCACAAACUUGGUCGGUGGAGAGAAAGUGUACUAACAAAUGCGACUCCGGAUGUAUAGUGGUCGGUGAACGAACGAAACUCUCCGCUUGCACCACUUGCUGCGAGAAAUCGUUUUGCAAUAUCGGUACCGGUGCUGCGAACGACCUGACGAUAAGAGGGAUCGAUCUGUUUCUAGCCUUAGUAUUACAAAUUACAUUAACAAUUAUCAUGUAUCCGUCCUGACAUUGCAGAAAUAACACUCGAUCGUGAAUCAUUUUAGUCGCCGAUCAGAAUAAUUGGUUCCAUUAACGCGUUUAUACAUACGUUGUAACAUACACUGUAAUAUUACACCACAACACGAUACGCAAGAUUUUAUCGCAUUGCCAAUGAAAAUGCUGUUCUCAUUUUGUAAAUGUACACAUGGAGUUUCAUUCGUUGUGCGUUUCAUAAUAAUAUUACGAUAAAUAUUGAUUAAUAAGUCAAUAAAAUUACGACGAUAUCGAUAAUACGAAGCUCAGAAAUAAGAAAAUAAUAACGAUGUUCUCGUUCUACUGUCGAUAAAUCAAAGAACAAUUGAUAAUAUAAAAAGGGGAUGUUCUUAAGAAUACGAUGCUCAUAAUUCUCAUAAAUCUACGAGAAUGAAAUUUAAAACACUGCUAAGUUAUUACUCGAUCGUUCAACGAACCGAUGUAAUUUAAAUUGUAAAUUUUAGAAAAAUUGUUAUAGCAAUACACUACCAAUAAAUUGUACAAAGAAACAA